GUGCUCAUUUUUGAGUGAGUCAGCAUCCACACUGCUUGGAGAAAGAUUGCCAUGUUGGGAUUGGAUGUGUGUGAGUUUGGCAGCCAGCUCCUGGAACUUAUGUGGUUGACAGUAUGCUACAAAGAUAUUAUGGCAGACAAGGAUCCAGAAAUAUAUCCCGUUGAAGAGAAUGCCUUGGUUGAUACAAACUACAAAGCACCAGCACAGAAGACGCUUAAAGAAAUUCAGGAGAUGGACUGUAAUGAUGAGAGUUUGAACAAAUACAAACAGGCACUUCUUGGCUUCUCUCCUAAGAAUGUAGAUCCCAGUUUACCCAACGUUCAAGUAACAAGAUUGACCUUGAUCUGUACUGCUGCACCUGAGCCCAUUUUUAUGGAUUUAACAGGUGACCUGGCAGCUCUGAAGAAGAAGACCUUUGUGCUGAAGGAAGGUGUUGAAUACAGAUUGAAAAUUAACUUUAAAGUUAACAGAGAAAUUGUUUCAGGCUUGAAGUACAUCCAUUACACGUGCAAAGGACGUUUGCAGGGUGACAAAGACACCUAUAUGGUCGGCAGCUAUGGCCCCAGAGAAGAAGAGUAUGAGUUUAUAAGUCCAGUUGAGGAAGCACCAAGAGGAAUUAUGGUGAGGGGCAUGUAUACCAUGAAGUCCUAUUUCACAGAUGACGACAAAAGUGACCACCUGCACUGGGAAUGGAAGCUGAAUAUAAAGAAGGAUUGGAAUGACUAG